UUUGUAGAGGAUUAAAGUUGAAGAGAUCUGAGAAGCAGGUCAGAUAGUUCCUAUUCUAAACUUGGUAAACUUAUUACUUAAGUGAACCCAACCAAGUCCCCAGAUCCUUUUGGUGUCACUCUUCAAUGUUUUCCACUCACCCUUUUGCCUGUACGUCAAAAGAUUGAAAGCAAUCUAGCUCACCCAGGUGCUUCACUCAUUCGAACACACCAAGUUCCGGCAACCUCCCGAGAAUUUAUACGUGAAACUGCUACGCUUUCAAAUUUGCGACCAGGCUGUGCCAUGGACGAGUUACUAAAUCUGAGUCUCAGCGGCAUACACAAUCACUUCGAUGAGUUUUUAGAGUUAGAAGAUGACGAUGAGAGUUUUGUGAAUGAUGAAGCUACUGACGCUGAGGUGCCAGGGCUGCUGUAUUACUGUAGCAAAUUCUACGAACUUCUGAGUGGAAAUAUCUUUCUAACCACCUACGUGGAACGCGGAAGGAAUGAAUAUUUCGCUGGCUUUAGCAAUAUUCAAUUUGUGGCUCUUCUCCAUAAUGAUCGACAUUCAGAGCAGUACUGCUGGAUCCACCUGUCGCUCGUUUUCCGAGCUUUCAGAUCCACGGCAUCAGCCUAGAGAAGCAACCAGCCCAGCGUAUGUCACAGCCAAAUUGAAAUUCCAUUUGGCAUUUCUUUGGAGUUGUUGGGCCAUCUCGUUUCAUUUUUCGCCCUGGCAUUCAUUUCUUAACCCUCCCCCACCCAGAAAGUCCACAUUUCUGCCCUUUUGGGGCUUUUGUAUCUGUGUAUGUGUAUGUGUGACAUUUUGGCAGCAGUUCAACGGAAAAACGUUUGGCAGCACGGCCAGAAAAUGAUAAGCCUGGCCAGCGGAAAAAAGGGGGAAACAACCAAGGAAACGGUUCACUGAGUUAAAUAAAAAUUGAAAAAAGUGUAAUUGAAAUGCAAUGCAUUUGCGGGGGCGAAGGCGAAGGCGGUAGAGGUGGAGUGGAUUUAAAAGAAGAGACCAGAAAAUGCGGAGGGAACUUUCUUCAAUGCCAGUAAAAGAUAUCCAGCCAUCAAGGUUACUGGUUACUAGUUAUGGUGCCCCGAAAUAAAUGUUAUUGAAUGAAAAUAUAGAGUUAAGGAAAAGCAAACUAUAUAGAUAUAUAUCUAACCUGUUCUGCUUAAACUAAAAAUAAACUACUAGA